AUGGCUUUGGGUGUAUGUCGACCUCUCCUCGACCCCGACUCUAUCCCACUACCGGCCCCCAAACUAUCUUUCAAACGCGGACGGAAUUUCCUUCUAUACAAUCCCAAAGCCUUUCAGACAUCAGGGUUCGGUCCUCCACCGACGCCGCCAACGGGCAAGCAUCCAAUGAAGUCCUACUACGAAGUCCUGACCACGCCCACGGCUGAUACUCCCGGCACUACGGUCCUUCUUCACUUUCCCGACAAGCGUUAUUUCUUCGGGCAACUGUCUGAGGGCACUCAGCGCGCAUGCACGGAGCGUGGUAUUCGAAUCACUUAUCUGACCGAUAUCUUCCUCACGGGCCGGAUAGACUGGAGCAACACGGGAGGCUUGAUCGGGGUUAUUCUUACGUUGGCUGAUGGGAUAGCCAGUUCGAACAGUGCUCUGGAGAUUGCUGCACGUGAGAAAGAGGAACGGUUUAAAGACUCCGAGUCGAAUGCAAACGGCAAGAAGAAACAUGGCAUGUCAUACGCUGUCCAUGACGGACAGUUGAUCCCGCAGCGAGGAACCCUUACGAUCCAUGGAGGCCGCAAUCUCACACACUCGCUGGCGACGGCAAGGAGGUUUGUCUUUCGUAAGGGUACGCCGGUAUUCACGCGGGAAUACGAUUCGGAGGGCAUGGCCAAAACGGGUGGUACUGAGACGGAGGACCCUUGUGAACAGCCUACAUGGUCGGACAGCAAUAUCAAGGUCUGGGCCAUGCCUAUCAAGCCGUCCCCGGGGUUGCAGCCGCCAGUGUCCUCGCAAGUUCGUUCAAUGAGCCCGAGAAAGAGGAGCCUCGAUGAGUUCGAAGAGAACAACAGUGCGCUGGAUUCCAUUGACGCACGGACUCGGGAUCAAGUCAUCCGGCAGUCGGUGAUCACCGACAUGUUCAAUUCGACAUGGAGACUGGAUGCUCUGCACGAAACCAAGCUGGCGGAUGUCAAGAUGCCGGCGGUGAUGUUCGUUCGUAACCCGGUCACUAAGGAUCUCGAGCAAUACAAGGGACCUGCCCCUGGAAGCAAUGAGCCCCUUCCCGAUAUCAAUGUCCUCGUGCGUCAGCCUUGGCCAGGCGCGGCCGUCGAGAAGAUCCCUCAUACCACCUGGUGCCAGGAGUCCGUCUCUUAUAUUGUCCGGAGCCACGAUAUUCGGGGGAAAUUUGACCCAAAGAAGGCUCAAGAGUUGAAUGUCCGGAAGGGACCAGACUAUGCGAAGUUGACUAGGGGAGAGAGUGUGGAGUCGCUGGAUGGUAAAACUGUCACUCCGGACAUGGUCCUGGCCCCAACGCGGUUAGGAAAGGGCAUGGCAAUUAUCGAUUUGCCCACUCCGGCUCACGUCGACGACCUAGUGAACCGGCCUGAGUGGAACUCCGCUGCUGCUACCACAAGCCUGGAGGCCUUCCUUUGGAUCUUGGGUCCUGGCGUGGGAGAUCACCCUCGGCUCCACGAGUUUGUGGCAAGAAUGUCUCACUGCAAGCAUACGGUGUCCAGUCAGGACUAUUGUCCAAACUACCUGGCUAUGAAGAGCAUCGCUACGUCGACGACACGAAUGGGCCUCUUGAGACCUGAGAGCUAUCCGACCCUUGUUCACGACAAUGUGACCCUUCCACAGCCGGGCACUACCACCUCGGAGAGCGCAAGAGAUACGGCCAAGCCUAUUCCCUUGCAGCCUGUGGCGCCCGGUGUCAUCGUCGACAUGGAGCCCCAGUUUGCACUCAAUUAUUCUGCAGUCGAGCCGCACUUUGAUACCGGAAAGGUGGAUCAACAGAUGCCUCGUGCCAUCGAACAGCGUAUGAGCACCAUCCGUAAACGGGUGAAGAAACCCGAAUUCACGCAGAAGCUCGAAAACUUCCGCAAGGACCUCCCCGGAUCCGACGUGGAGAUUAUCACGCUGGGCACCGGAUCCUCCGCGCCGUCCAAGUACCGCAACGUCUCUGCAACUCUUCUCAACGUGCCUGGCUACGGCUACUAUCUGCUCGACUGCGGUGAGAACACACUUGGUCAACUGAAGCGUGUCUUUGAACCAGAGAAACUCUGCGAGGUCUUGCAGAACCUGCGAAUGAUCUGGAUCAGUCACCUCCACGCCGAUCACCAUCUCGGUACCGCUUCGGUCAUCAGGGCCUGGUUCCAAGAGAACUAUCCCGACGGGAUCCCACCGACCAACGACGUGGAAAUGGACAUGUCCAAGAUCCUGCAGGAAAAGCGCCUGUUCGUCGUGUCCGAACAAAUGAUGACCGGCUGGCUAGAGGAAUACGCCGCCGUCGAGAAUUACGGCUUCGGAAGGGUGAUUCCAUUGAGCGCCACGCCCUACCUGUAUCAAGGCAACAUCCGCACCCAAUUCACCUACCGCCACUGCAGUGCGGACGGCUCCUAUCCCAACCACCAGCUCGACAACACCAAGCCCUCCACCACCAGCCUCAGCUUCAACGACAACUCCUCCCCUCUCUCCGCCCUCCUCCGCGAAGCCACCGGCCUUUCCGACCUCCUAACCACCCGGGUCUCCCACUGCCGCGGCGCCAUGGCCGUCUCCCUGGUCUUCCCCAACGGCUUCAAGGUCUCCUUCUCCGGCGACUGCCGACCCUCCUCCGGCUUCGCCACCAUCGGCCGCGGCUCCACCGUCCUAAUUCACGAAGCCACCUUCCAAGACGACAUGGCCGUAUCCGCCAUCGCCAAGAAACACUCCACCCUCUCCGAAGCCCUCGAAGUCGGCCGUCUCAUGAACGCCCGCGCCAUCCUCCUCACCCACUUCAGCCAGCGAUACCAGAAGCUCGCCCGCAUCGAAGAAGGCCCUAACACCUCCACCUCCACUAGAGGCGAAUCCAACCCCCACGUCGGCCAAGUCGGCCUCGACGUCCCCGACGUCCCCGACGACGAGCCCGAACCCACCCCCUCCACCAACAACGGUAACCGCCGCAAUCCCUUCGGCGACAUCAAAGUAACCCGUCGUCCGCGCCUCAGCGUCCCCAUCGUCGCCGCCUUCGACUACAUGCGUCUCCGCGUCGGCGACAUGCCCAUCGCACAAGCCCACGCCCCGGCGGUCGAAAAGCUCUUCGAUCUCCUAGAACGCGCCGGCGCCGAAGAAGCCAACGAGCGGAGAGAAGCCGCCAAGCAGAUCGUGGAGAAUAGACAGAAGGCUAAGAAGGCGAAACAGGCGAAACAUAAACAGGUUUCUACGAAUGCUGCGGAAAUGGAGAUUGAUCGGCCCGUGUCGGCAGCAGCGAAGACGAAGUCGAUUUGGAGUGCUAGUGAGAGUGAGAGUGGGUGGAGUACCAGUGGGAGUGAUAGUGAGGGGGAGAGGGUGAAGUUGCGGAGGAAGCGGAGGGGGAGUUCUAGACACGGUGAUAACUAAUUAAGUAGAUAAGUACUAAGAUGUUAGAUUGGAAAAGAUCGGUUUUCUUUCGGGGGACAUAUCAUACUCAGAUGGAUGUUCUUUAUGCAUAUUCUAUAUUCUUAUUAUUGUUCGAAAGAAUAUACACAACUGGUUACAGAGAUAUUAUAUGUGUGAGUUGGUUGUUUAAAGCACACAUA